ACACGACCGCGUGUUUAUUUUGCGCUCCGGCCUCCGUUGCUCGCUCGGUCGCAGUUUUAUAUAUCCGCCAAAGCUUAUCCCCAAUUGCCAAUUUGACAACUGCACUCGUAUAACUGGAAAAAAAAUCUCACGGAAUCACGAUCGAGCCGUCGUCAUGAUCGAAUGGCAAUGACAGACGGCGAAGCGGCGUCUUUCGAUUUUUCUUUCAAAAUUGCCGUACGUCGAGUACUCAAAGAAGCUACCGAAGAAUAUAACAAAUCGAAGGAGUUUACCGAAGCGAUUUUACUGAAGCUACGUUACAUUUUUGGACCAACUUUCGAGAGAGCAUUGGAAUUGUUCGAGGCGAACAAGGUGACGGCUUACAAGUUCGAAUCGACGCGUCAUACGGAUAAUAAUACAGAAAAAGUCGAGUGCUGCUUUUACGAGGUGCAGGGACACAGUACUGAAGUUUAUACGAUAUUUUCCAGUGUCAAUUACUGUCCGUGUCUAGCAUUCGAAAUAAAUGUAUUGAAAAAUCAAGAAUCGUUUACUUGCAAGCAUGUUCUAGCGGUUUGGCUAGCUUCUGUCAGUAAUAGCCACUUGAAUGUUCAAAUAUUGCCAGAAUCAAAGUACUGCGAAAUACUGCUAGGAAGGGUUACAGAUAAUUAAUCAUGACGACUGAUUACAAGU